AUGAUAAAAUGCUUUUAUACCAACUUUGAAUAUGCUGUGAUACUCAACAACAAGGAAACUGACUGGUUUGAAGUACAAUCUGGAGUACGGCAGGGCUGCAUCAUCUCACCCAUCUUAAUCCUGGUUGCCAUUGACUGGGUGAUGCGGAAGACCACCAGUGACAAGAAAAGAGGCAUCACAUGGUCGAUGUUUACAACUCUAGAGGACCUUGACUUUGCUUAUGAUAUAGCACUCCUUUCAUCAAAACAAGAUCAUAUGCAAGAAAAGACAGAUCGGCUCAGCCAUUUUGCAAGCCAAAUUGGACUGGAAUUAAAUGCAAAAAAGACUCAAGAAAUGCGACUCAACACAACAUCAAACUUACGACUAGAAGCUGAAGGAACAGACAUCCAAAAAGUAGAUAAAUUUACCUAUCUAGGAACUGUCGUUAGUACAGAAGAUUCCACCAAAAAAGAUAUUAAAAGUAGGCUAGCCAAGGCAAGAUCUGCAUUUCAAAGACUACGACCAAUUUGGAAGUCUAGCCAAUACAACAGAAAAACAAAGAUCAGGCUAUAUAACAGUAAUGUUAAAUCUGUUCUUCUGUAUGGAAGUGAAUGCUGGAGAGUAACAAAAACAGAUAUGAGAUCGCUCUCAAGUUUCCACCACAAUUGUCUGAGGCGAAAUUGUAAAAUCGUAUCUCAAAUGACCAUCUCCUCGAAACGACCAAGUCCAUGUGUAUCCUCACAGAAAUACAACAGAGGCGCUUCAGAUGGCUGGGGCAUGUUCUCAGGAUGCCUGUAUCCAACAUAA